CUUUCUCUCCCUUAAUAACAUUGAGAAUAUAUAUUAAUUUUCAUUACCAUAUAGUCAUAUACUAUACUAUAGUAUAGUGUGUUUAUUUUUUUUAUUAUUUUUUUUCAUUUGUUGUUGUGACAUAUAGAAGAUCAUCAAUGGCCUCAAGCUCAGCUUGGACAUCAAAGCAGAACAAGAGAUUCGAGAACGCUUUGGCCGUGUUCGACAAGGACACGCCGGACCGGUGGCAGAAGCUGGCGAGGGCGGUCGGAGGGAAGACCACGGUGGAGGAAGUGAAGAUGCAUUAUGAGAUGCUUGUUGAGGAUUUGAAGCAAAUUGAGGAAGGACAUGUUCCUUUGCCUAAUUAUAGAAAUGUUCCAAGUAAUGCAACAGUUGGAUCCAGCAAUAAAGGUUACAAUUACAUGGAAGAAGAAAGAAGGCUGAAGUUUCUUACACUCCAGUGAAGACUAAUUAAGCUUGGUGGGACAAAAAAUAGAGAUUAUAUUAUACAAAUCAAGUGGAUUAAGUGAAAACCCAAAAAAUGCACCUAGCUUAUUAUUAGUAGCUUAAUUAGCUUUGUUCUUUAAUAACAAAAAUCAAAUGUGGUUUGAUUUUUUUCCCCUUAAGUGUCAAUGGUAGCUAGCUGUAUGUUAUUAUCCCUUUAUAUAUAUGUAAUGUAAAAAAAAAGUUAUUAAUUAAUUAUCUCAAUCAUAUAUGCCAACUGGU